AUGAACGGUGAAUUAGUUGAGCAUGAACCAGACGAAGAACAAAUGGUAAGGGAAAUAUAAUAUUUUUUUUCUAUUUCCUAGUUUUAGGUUUAUUCUCAUGUCGAUAGCGAGGGAAAUUUCGUAGAAGCGGAUGAUGUAUAUGAAGAGUAUGGCGGUGCGGACGAAUAUAUCGAGAUAAAUGGUCAAUUCAUCGCGCAUCGUCCACAGUCGGUCAGAUUUGUUUUUUUGUUUAUUAAAAUUAAAAAAAUUUUUCAGAUGGUUCUUCCAAGGAAUAAUGUAAUGGCCAGCACGAGUCAAGCCCAAUAUUCACAAAUACCUCGUCAACCUCGCCCUAUAUCUUUACCUCCGAGAGAGCCUCACGUUUUUGCCAUGCGCGGCAGCAAUGUAAGUUUUUCUGAAUUAAAUAGAACAGCUAGUCAAAGCAUUAAGAUGCUCAGAAUAGGCUUUAAAUCUCAAUCAUGUUAAUUAAUUGUUGCGUGCUGUUUUAAACAAAGGUUUUGCUGAAAAUGCAUGAUUUUUCGUUUUAGAUGUUCCGAUUAGAACGGCAACAAGGAACUCCGGCUAGCCAAAGCGGUUCAGUAUCACCACAGUUACAACAGUCCAGUUCUACCGGAGAACUUCUAUCCAGCAUCAAGGUUAGAUUCGCCUUCACUGAAUUAUUUUACAAAGUUUUUUUUUGUUUAGACUGAACCGGAUAUACCCACAAACGGUUACGCAUCGGCUGCAGCGGCAGAAUUUAUGUCCCGACGACAAGAACUGUACGCCAAAAAAGCGCCUGGGAAUAAAAUGAAAAAGUCAGUUGAAAAAAAAACGGAAAAAUAUACAUUUUUUUCUUGUUCCAGAAGAUCGCUGCCAGGACAAAGGAAGCCCUGUAAUUGUACAAAAUCGAUGUGCCUGAAGUUGUACUGUGAUUGCUUCGCAAACGGCGAAUUUUGUCGAGAUUGCAACUGCAAAGAUUGUCACAAUAACAUCCAGUACGAGGAUGACAGAUCUCGGGCCAUUAAGCAGUCCCUUGAGCGAAAUCCCAACGCUUUCAAGCCGAAAAUUGGUUAGUUUUCCUAUCAUUUCUCAAAAAUUUUGUUUAAUAUUUUAGGAAUCGCUCGUUCGGGUAAUACGGAUAUAGAGAGAUUACAUCAAAAAGGCUGUCAUUGCAAGAAAAGUGGAUGCCUCAAGAAUUACUGCGAGUGUUAUGAAGUAUGCUUUUUGGAAUUGUUUUAGAUUGAUUUUCAAUUUUCAGGCAAAAGUGCCUUGUACGGACCGAUGUAAGUGUAAAGGCUGUCAAAAUACGGAAAUGGACCGGGCCGGGAAGUACAAAGAUAGCACGUAAGACUAUAAUCUAUAAUUCAUUUUGAGUUUAUUGGGUUAAAUGUUUUCCUCUUUCUUUAUCAAAUAGAGAAAAGAAUUCCUCGGUUUUGGUUUGAUAAAGAGCAAAAAAUUGUAAAAUAACGCGAAUAGACUAUUUCAAAGUUUGGAAAUAAAAAUAGUACGUUUAGUUUUUCCUUUUUUUACCAGUAUUUUUAUUUUUAUAGAAUUUUUCUUCAGAUUACGUGGAGCAUCCGCUCUAUUAUCUCUGGCAAAUGCCGCGACGACGUCAAUUUCUGAUUCUCGACCAAGUUCAGGGCUAUCAAAUAAUAGUGAAGAUACUGAUGAACGGGAUUCGAACACUGAAAAGAAUCCCAGAAGGUUCGUUCGUUUUUGAGAAUUUUGAGCGGUCAGAUUGGAACGAAAAGAGUUAAAUUUUAAUAUAUUCCUUUGAAACUGAUUACUAAGAAAACCUUAAUUAUUCUUGUUGUUUUUUUUUCUUCGAGCUUUAAAGCUAACUAAUUAACUGUUUGCUUAAAAUAGCCGAAAAUGAAAUUUUUACGAUUUUUUUCGCCGAGUGUUCAGUGCAAAAAAAUUAGAAAGUAAGGAAAUUAUUCUUUGAAGAAAGUAAAUAAUUGUUUUCCAAUCUUUCUUAUAAAAAAAUCCAACUGAAAAGAAAUUAUCUUAGAACGAGAGGAAAAAAAUAAAAAAAUGAUUUUUAACGAACAAUCGCAGGUGCACUCACUUUGGAAUUUAUAUUUUUGAAAUAUCUCAUUCAAGCUAUAUAUAUUUAUGAUUAUGUUUAAUUAUAAUUUUUUAAUUGUCCUACCCAUUUUUUCUCAGUUUUCCGUGGUUCUACAUGACCGAUGAAGUCGUUGAAGCUGCAACGUUGUGUAUGGUCGCUCAAGCAGAAGAAGCGGUACUUUCCCAUUUCCCUCUGGUAUUCAUGGAUUCACUUUUUCAGUUAUCAUCAAAAGGCGCCAAUCGACAGACCGAGGCUGAAGCCCUCGAGCAAAUGGAAAAGUUAGUAAUACGAGAGUUUGGCCAUUGCCUUGAUCAAAUCAUCGGAACCUCUUCUAGUAGUUCUACAGAAUGAUCACCUUUUUUUCAUUAUACAUUUUCAAUUUUCAAAAUAUUUUACAUUGUACAAUUUGCCUCUACUUUUCAUUUCAACUGCACUUAUUAACCUUUGAAGCCGGUGCUCGCAAAACUUAACAUAUAUAUUUCUCGUGGACCUGUAUCAUAUGGAGCAUUUUCUUUAUACAUAUUUCCGUUCGGUAAGGGUUUUGGUGCUUAUUCAGUAUGAUCCGGCUUGAAAAUAGUAUCUUAUACAGUAUGAUCCGGCUUGAAAAUAGUAUAUUAUUUUUUAUGAACUGCAUUUUCCGAUUCGAAAUAUUCCAUUCUCCGCCGUGUCAAGAGAGAUUCUAUGUUUAUUCUUGAAUCUGUCUAUUUCAGAGUGUAUAUUUUCAUAUGAUCUCCUAUUUCUUAUUUUCUUUGAAAUAAAUCUUACAACUUUUAAUUUUUUUACUACUUUUUCUUUCAAUGGCUCAAUGUCCGGUUCAGUAUAUUCUUGUGAAGAAAUUCAUGAAUUCGAAAAAUUUUGAAGAUGUCAGAAAUUUCUGAAGAAGAUAGGCAACACUUGGAAAGGGCGUUUACUUUGGCUCAAGAGGCUUUAGAUUGCGAUGAAGUUCCAGUUGGAUGCGUUUUUGUCCGAAAUGGGGAAGAGGUAGGGAAGGACGUUCGGAAAAUGCGGAUAUUUCCGGAAACUCAUCUUUCUUUUUUGUUUUUCGAUGAGAAUUAAUUUUUAUUUUUCUUGAUUGCAGAAGUUUUCUACAUGAUUCAGUGCUACCUGGAAGAAAUCGCAUCGGAGUGUUCAGAAUACAGAGUGUUCAGAAUACAUGAAAAUUCGUUAAUAUCUCAGGAUUUAAUUUUCUGUUCAACGCAAAUUAUUGCACCUACAAACGCUCCAGAAAACAUUUAUCCAUUGAAUCAUGAAAUAGGAGCCAAGAAUACUGUAUUCCAGGUAGGUUACGGUAGAAAUGACGUGAAUCGAACCCGAGAUCCGACAGCCCACGCUGAAAUGGUCGCUAUCCGGAGAAUGGAGGAGAAUUUUGAAGAUGUUGAAUUGGUUUUCUAGUGAUUUUAUGCUUGAAUUGAUUGAAUUUUUGAGAUAAAUUCGUAGAUUUUACGCGAAUGUGUACUUUAUGUGACUCUGGAGCCUUGCGUCAUGUGCGCCAGUGGACUUUAUCAAUUAGGUUCGUUUAAAAAUGAUUUAUUCUCAAAAAAGCCUGUUUUUAAAAAUAUUAGCGGUGUUCCCUUGCUCCUAUUAUCCUAUAUAAGUUCAUUCGAGUACGCUGAAUUUUUUAGGAAUCCGAAAAAUGAUAUACGGGGCUGAAAAUGCGAGGUUUGGAGGCGUUCGAAGCGUUGGCAACGCUGAAAAGUACAAAAUGAAGGAUGAUAUUGAGGUUUUUCUUGAUUAAAAUUCAUAAUGAUUCUCAAUUUUUCAGAUUGUCAGUGGAAUCGACGCCGAAAGAUCCAUCCAGAUGCUGAAAGCCUUCUACGACAAGCAAAAUCCCUUCGCGCCGCCCGAAAAACGAAAAAUCAAGAAGAAAAAUCUGGAUGAUACUGUUGAUUGUGUUGUUGCCGAUGAGAAAUUGUGAUAGUAAUGAAUUUUUCAAGAAAAGGGGAUUUUUUUCUGUCAAAAUUGAGUUUGCUUGUGGUUUGUGGACCAUUGAAUUUAUUUUCCGAGAAAAAAAAAUGUAUUUUUUGCGUGAAAUAUUGUAUUUUGAGCUGAAAAAGUUGCUCAUUCUGGGAAAAUUUCUAGCAGCCACUAAGGAGGCUCCCAUAAGGACUACUUCGAGAGGACACUAAAGUGGCCACUAUUAUGUUUAUUAGUGACAAAUUUAGUAGUUUUAGUCAUCUAGCAGUACCACUUAGACCUCUAUAGUAGCCACUAGUUUUUAAGCCCUAAAGUGGCUACUAAUUUGACUAUUAAAAUGGCCACUAAAACGUCAAAACCCUAUAGUGGCCACUAAAACUUCAAAACCCUAUAGAGGCCACUAAAAAUUUUCCCAGAAUUUUUAAAAAAAUAAUAUAUUUUCUUCAAAAACAGAUGUCCCUGUCCAGAAUAGCGAAAUUCUGCUGUUUUACUCCAAACUCCACGGUGAUCCUUGCCCCAAAAACAGCUCAAAGUCUGUCGAAUGCCCUCCGACGCCUCAGCACAACGAAUUAUUGUUCAACUACACCGUCGUCCUCAAAAACGACACCUUCCAUACGAUGGCUGUCUUCUGGGGUGAAGAGUUGUUCCAAUAAUUGGAAUCUGUUAUUUUUGUUGAGCUAAACGUUGUGGAGAAAACUUAUGAAGGGAUGUUUUAUAAAAAAUGAGAGCAUUUUCUAGUCAUUUGAAGUAAAAUCCAAGGAUUACGUGUUCAAAAACGACUGGGAGCUUCAAUUAACCAUCUUUAGGCUUGAAAAGAUGUUCCAGGGGAAUUCCGGGGGGUUUUCAAGGCUUAAAAAGAAAUGAAUUUUCACUGUAGAUGAGAUUUCUCUUGUUUUAGUUAUUGACUAGACGGUGAACAAGAACUUUCCACUCUACAUCGAAAAAUCUUGAUUAAAAUCUAUUUUAUGGCAAUUUUCACGGAAAUGACUUCAAGGGGAUUGGCGGAAGAUCCGGUAAUUGGAAUCUGAAGUUUUUAUUUGAGCUAGACUGUGUUGAAAAAACGUUUGAAGUAUAAAAAAAUAAGUGCAUUUUCUGGACUUUCAGUGAUUUCGAAGCGAAAUCCAAGGAUUACUUGUUCAGAAACGACUAGGAGCUUUUAUCAACUAUCUUUAGGCUUAAAAAGAUGUUCCAGGGGAAUUUUGGGGGGUUUUCAAGGCUUAAACAGGAGUAAAUUUUACUUUAAAUGAGACGGUGAACAAGAACUUUCCACUCUACAUCGAAAAAUCUUGAUCAAAAUCGAUCUUAUGGCGAUUUUCACGGAAAUGACUUCAAGGGGAUCGGCGGACGAGGGGCCAAACGGAAAAAUCGCGACGCCAUGUUCUACGUGGUGAGCAUCGGCGUCGUCGCGAUCGGCCUGACUUUCGCCGCGAUUCCGGCCUACCGGAUAUUCUGCGAACAGACGUCGUUUGGUGGAUUGACACAGGUUGAUGCCAUGAAAAAGUAAAUCAAAAAAAAAAAAAAUCGGAAAAUUAGAAAAUCCGGGAAAGAAAAGCAUGCAACCUUUAUUAGAACAACGAUUUUUUGUGUUCAUAUUCAGAAAGUCAGAAAUUGUAUUGAAAAAAAGAUUGGAUUUUAAUAUAUUCACCUUUUUUUGGUUUUUUUAAAGUUGACUUUCUAUUAAUAUCACAAGAAUUUUUUUGGUUUUAGAAAAAUUUUUUUAUGUUUUAGAAAACUUUUUUUACAAAGAGUUAUUUUUAUUUGAAAGUUUCCUAUAACUCACUCGAAAAUGAGCGGGAUCUUCAAAUAUUUGAAUUAAUUUGAAUUUUUACGCCGGAAUGUUUAGUUUUUUUCGGAAUAAGCUAUUAUGUAUUGUGAAAUCCAAUCGAUCAAUUUUUUUAUGAAAAUAAUUCAAUAUAAUGGGAAAAAAAUGAUAAUUGUUGAUGGAAAAUCGCGUAACCUUCAUUAGAAAAAAACGAUUUUUUUGGGUUCAUAUUCAGAAAUCCAGAAAUCGUAUUGAAAAAAAGACUGGAUUUUUAGGAAAUUGUCCUUUUUUUGGUUUUUUUCAAGUUCACUUUCUAUUAAUAUUACAAGAAAUUUGUUUUUUUAGAAAAAGACUAUUUUAUUGAAAAAAAUUUCCUAUUACUCACUCGAAAAUGAGCAGGGGUCGUCAAAAAUUUGAAUUUUUCGCGUCGGAAUUUUUCAGUUUUUCUUGAAAUUUGCUAUUUUUUUGUUGAGAAAACAAUUCAAUAUACCUUUUUUCCUGAAUUUUUGAAGGUUAAAACUUCAUCUUUGCGUUUGAAAAAAACCACUGAAUCCAGAAAAUUGAGCUUUUUAUGGAUUUUUUUCAAGAGUAAAACGGGAAAAAAAUGAAGACAGCUAGAAAUUUUCACGUUUUUGAAGACAAUCAUUUCAAAUUCAGUAAGAAAAUGGUCAAAAAAAAGUUAUUUGUUAUAAAUUUCGAGUAUUUUUCAACUAAUUGAAGUUGGCGCAUCGAAUUUCUUGAUUCCAGGUCGCCAAAGACUUUGAAAAAAUCGCCCAGAUGAAAAAAGUGGAAGAUCGAUUGAUCCGAGUUCAGUUCAACUCGGACGUACCCUCCAGUAUGAGAUGGGAGUUCAAGCCUCUUCAGCAUGAGGUUCAUUUUUGACUGAAAAAAUUGUGAUUUUUCACAAAAUGUUGUAUUUUCCAGAUUUAUGUGCACCCUGGAGAAACGGCUCUCGCCUUUUAUACGGCCAGAAAUCCCACGGAUCGGCCAAUCGUCGGGAUUUCCAGUUAUAACUUGACGCCGUUCCAAGCCGCCUACUAUUUCAAUAAAAUCCAGUGUUUCUGCUUCGAGGAGCAGAUUUUGAACCCCGGCGAGCAGGUUUGUAAAGAAACUGCAGUGAUAAAAAAGUAAAAAAUGUGAAGGUUUUCAAAAUUGUUCGACGUUUUCUUGCAACCGACUUUGAAACGAUUUGAUUAGUUGGUUUAGAUUAAGGACUCCAAUAAAACUUGUACCUCUGAGCCAUUCUCAAUGCGACCUUAUGAUUGUUUUAUUUUAGAAUUUAUUAGUUAUGUCUCACUGAAGAACUCUAAAGUGGUCCCUUAAGAGGCAACCUCAGGAGACCAUGAAGAGACCAGCUUACCUCCCCUACAAGGGACACGAAAGUUUGCAGAAGUGGCCACUCUAGGGGUUUUGAAAAAAUAAUUGAAUUAGAUUAAGGACCGCAAUAAAACUUGAACCUCUGAGCCAUUCCCAAUGCGACUUUAUUAUUGGUUCAUUUACAUACGUCAUACUUAGAAACGCCAGAGUGAUCCCUUAAGGGGCGGCCCCAGGGGUCCUUGAAAGAUCCCCUUGACACGCCUAAGGGGACACCAAACUUUUCCAAAGGGACCACUCCAGGGACUAAAAAAAGUGGCCACUUUAUGGAAGCAUGCAGUGCUUCCUAUACGUCUUGGUAUCAUUCCAAUUAAAGCCAGUAUUCAAAAACCCCUGUGGGGGCCGCUUCAAGGGAGUCAGACCCAAAAAGGGAGAAACAUUUUGCCCCUAGAGGGCCAAAUUGAAAGACCACUUUAGUGACCACUUGAGCUCUAGGGGUUUUUAGGGGUCAGAAUGUGAACUGCUGUAGGAACCAAUUAUAUUUUAGCCCUCUAGGGAGCACUUUUUCGCCCCUACAGGGACUUUUUUUUUGAUUAACCCCUCUAGGGAUCAUCCUGCCGUUCUCAAGUAUUUUGUAAAAAGUUUAAAAUCAAGUUCAGGGAAAUUAUUCCGAAGAAAACUUCAAUUUCAGGUCGAUUUACCGGUAUUCUUCUUCAUUGACCCUGACUAUGCGAACGAUCCGGCCCUCGAAUAUCUUGACAAUAUUCUGCUCAGUUACACAUUUUUCGAAGCCAAGAGUGGACUUCAGCUGCCUAGCCCCUUUGACCCGAAUAACAGGCCUGCGGUGAGUUUUUGGGGUCCAAAAAUAAUUGUUUUUUGACGUCAUUCGAAAGCGCUCUGUGGAUGGCUCGCUCUCUGAUUGGCUUAUCGGGCCAUUAGGGGCGGAGCUUUAGAAGCGACUUGACAUUCAAAACCUGAACGGAAUAUAUCACAGCGUUUUUGUAAUGCCGUGUUCAAAGUAAUUUCCGCGAAAUGCAAAAUGAACUCUGACUCUCCAAAAUUUAGUGAUCUUUUCCUUUCUCUAACGGGUAUUUUGCAUUUCGCGGAAAUUACUUUGAACACGGCAUAAGUGAAAGAAAAUGCGAAACCGAAAACACGAUGGGCGGAGCAAAUAUAUCCACCGUUCCCACGUGACGUCAUGGGAACGGCAGAGCGUAAAUAUCAGGGCAUAUCAAAGGCGCAGGCAGCCGUAUUGCCAGAGGUCUUUAAGACGAAUCAAAAUUUCUCUACAAAAACGCAACUUUCUGCGCGAAAGCGGCGCAGUGCAUGCACACGACACACGACACUUUACGGAGAAAAAGUGGCGUCGUCGAAAAAAAAACGCUUUUUUUCAAAGCGUUCUAGGAUUGAUUGGAUAAAAAAAGACAUCUUUUACAAUCGAAAAAUAAUUUUUCCAGGUGGACCUUGGAAAAGUCUCAAAAACAGUGAAGGAAGAGCGGCACGUUCAGCCGAUGCCUGCUUAA